AUGUUCGAAACGGUUUUCACCUGUGCCCCUGGUGAGCUGAUACACUGCUUUGCAGCUACAAAUGGAUACAUAUUCUUAAUAACGUCAUCGCUGGCAAAUACAUACGAGGCAAAACUAUGUUACGCCAACUACGAGAGGAACAAGAGUCUUACCAGAUCCAAUUAUCCUCUACAUAUAUCUAGAACCUCGCUGAAAUGCGAAGAGACGGACUUUGUUGUUAGAAGCAUACAAAUAGUUAGUGUGCCCUUGGUUAGGAAGAAUGUACCAUUAGAGACCAAAUUUCAUCUAGUGAUCAACACCGGGGAUGGCAUUCAAGUUUGCUCGCUAGAGGAAAUCAUCGCGAACAGGCCUACUGGGAAGAUCAACAAAUGGUCUCAUGGAAACGUUCAUGAUUCUAUUCAGUGUUCAUACUCUCAGGGUUACAAAGAUGGGUCAAUCAUGACUACCUACAGCACGAUAUCCGGUACCUUCUUGUGCAUUAAGUUCGACGUAGCCUCUGGAUGUUUUCAAGUGUUACCUUCAUCCAAUCAAAUAACCGUCUGCCAGGAUACCAUUAUGGACCGAGUGAAUAGUAUAGCGGGCUUGAGGAAUACUGCCAUCAACUAUCCUCGACCUUCAGAUGAGAAACUAUGGACGACACUGUCGAAUAGAGAAGCUAUGGUGUUUUCAUCUUUCGACAACAACUUUUAUUCCAUAAUAGAUGGAAAAUUGGAGAUUCAGAGUUACUACAACAUAGGGGAGGAUGCCGCGAACAAUACAUUGACAUGGGCCGAUUUUGCCAUUGUAAAGCAGUACACUACAUCUUCUUUGAGAUUUUUCGUGGCCAAUAUUAGCAAUGUGGGAUGUUUACUAUACAAGAGAUCCAAUAGAGGAAACUGGGAUCUAGUAAAAGUACUACGACGAGAGACAGGUGGCUUGGAGAAGACAUCCUUGGUUGAUUGUUUGAUUCAAUUAGACUCUUCGCAUCCUAACCGGUUUUUCGUUUUUUCUGGGAGUGAAAAUGGUAAAUUAUAUCGAUGGGAGUACGAUUAUAAAGACGAUUCAAUUGUUGAUUCAAAUACGUAUGAUACAGAAAAUACAGGAUUGAUCCACUCUAUCUCUGUCGUGGGAUCCAAAAAAGUGUUUUUUCUCAGCAAUGACAACAAAUCCAUAAAGUACUUGCAACUAUAUUAUUGA